AUGGCUGGGUCUCAACUUAAACAGCUUAAAGCUGUCUUGAAGACCAAUGGAUUCACUGGGCAAUCGAAUGUGAAAAAGACAAAUAAGAAAGGUAGAACCUCUACUGAAAUCAAGAGAGAUGACAAGAAGGAAAUUCUCUCUGGUAUAAGACAACAAUUCAAUAAGUUUGAUACCAAGACUAAUAGAACUAAGAGAGAUGUUACUAUUAUUCAAGGUGGGAAGUUUGUAAAGGCUGGCUCAGCUCAACACAACAAGGCUACCCAAAGCAGAACUAUGGCUGAACAAAGUCUUCGUGUAGAAUACAAUGCCAAAAAAGCUAGAAAUGGUAGAACUGGUGGAGUUGUAGACAGAAGAUUUGGAGAAAGCAACAAGAACAUGACUAGUGAAGAAAAGAUGUUGGAAAGAUUUACCAAGGAACGUGAAAGACAAUCCAAAAAGAAUAUUUUCUCGCUUGAUGAUGAUGAUGAAGAAAAUGAUGAAGAUGACGAUGGAUUUGUUUUGACCCAUUAUGGUAAAUCAUUAGCAUUGGAAGAUGAUGGCAAGGAUGGAAAGAAGAGAGGAUUUGAAAGUGAUGAAGAUGAAGAACUCAUGCCAAAUUCUGUUGAUGAACAACCUAACCGUAAGAAGUCAAAGGCUGAAGUUAUGAAGGAAGUUAUGGCCAAAUCCAAGUUCUACAAGCAACAAAGACAACAAGAACAUCAAAAGGCCUUGGAUGAUAUCAUGGAUUUGGAUGAAGAUUUCGAUGAUGUUAUGCAAGAUCUUAACUCUACCCAAGUUAAACUUCCAAAGAAACAAUUUCUGACCAAGAAACCUGAAGAAAUUGAAUAUGACAACAAGGUUAGAGAAUUGACUUAUGAUAGAAGAUCUGUUCCUGCUGACAGAACCAAGACUGAAGAAGAAUUGGCUAAGGAGCAUGAAGAAAAAAUGAAGAAGUUAGAAACCGAUAGAUUGAACAGAAUGAAUGGUUUGGAUGAAAGUAGAGCCACUGAAGGAGAUGAUUUGGACGAUGAUUUCUGGAGAGGUAGUGAUGAUGAAGAAGGAGAAAAUGUGGAAGGAAGUGGUUCUGAAGAAGAAAACUCCAGUGGUUCUGAAGAUGAAGAAACUUCCGCCACCUCUGGUAGACCAAGUCUGAGAAAGCAAAUUUCAGUUUCUAUGCCAAGUACAUACGAAGAAUUUGCCACCCUGUUGGAAACUGUAGAGCCAAAGAAACAAUCAGCAUACGUGGAUAAGAUAAUAGAAGUGUAUCAACCAAGAUUAGCAUCUGGAAACAAAGAAAAGAUGGGUGUCUUUAUUGGAAUUCUCUUUGAACAUGUUUUGAAGUUGAGUGAUGAACAAAACGAAGAACAUAAAAUCAUCAUUGAGAGCUUUGUGAAGAAGUUGAAGAAAUUGGCUGAAAAAUACAAUGAGCCAUUGGUUGCAACUAUCAGAGAAAAGAUUCUUGAAAUUCAAGAAAGAAUUAUAUCAAAUGAAGUGCAAGUAUCCGAUCUUGUUUUCUACACCUUGGUGGGGUAUCUCUUCUCUACUUCAGAUCAUUACCAUUUGGUUGUUACUCCAACCUUAAUUUUAAUGAACGAGACCUUAACAAAUAUCCAAUACAACAAGGACAUAACAUUUGAACAAGUUUGCCAAGGUAUUUUCAUUUCUGAUGUUUUGAUUAACUAUACCAAUUUCUCAAAGAGAUUCAUUCCUGAAGUUGUCAAUGCAUUGGAAAGAUUCUUAUUAGCAUUGGUUCCGGAACCACUCUCUAUAGUUUCCAAGGAAGAAUUGACCACCGAAGUUGUUAACACUAAGGUCAAUCUUUCCAAAAGCAGUAGCAAGUCCAAGCCAGUUUCUAACGAUGAUAAGAUUAGCUUGCAUAUUAUGAAGAAACCACUGGUCACAAAUGAAGAUAAGCUCAGAUUAACUCAUAGACUCUUGGUUGUGUUGGAUAAAUUUUCCGAUAUCUGGAAGGAACAUAACUCCUUGCCAGAAAUUCUUGCACCAUUCAAGAUCAUUUUAAAGCAUUUAGUGAAAUAUUAUGGAACUCAAUUGCCAAAGUUGGCCCAAUUAUUGAACAAAAUUGUGAAACUUGAAGAAAAUGCAAUUAAGGAUAGAAAGCCAUUGACAUUACAACACCACAAGGCCUUGGCUAUUGCUACUUUUGCACCUAAGUUUGAAGAAAACUUCAACCCUGAUAAGAAGUCUUAUGACGUUAAUAGAGAAAGACAAGAAAUCGGAAAGAUGAAGGCACAACUUAAGAAGGAAAAGAAGAGUGCUAUUAAGGAUAUCAGAAAGGAAACUAGAUUUGUUGCACGUGAACAAAUUCAAGAAAAGAAGACUAUGUAUGAUGCUUACCACAAGAAGAUGGCUAACAUUGUUAACUCCAUUAGUACUAUUGAAGGUGCUGAAAAGAACCAAUAUGAAAAGGAAAAGCAACAACGUAAGAAGAGAUAG